CCGCAGGAUGAUGCCUCGGGACGAUGGCGUGUACGAACGGGAGCAUUUCGCCAUCGCUCCUCGUCCAUGCAUACAAAUAAAUCUAUGAAUCUCAUACGGCGAGCUGGUGUAUUUUACGCAGCAUUUCAUACCCCCUGAUAUCGAGACACGCAUGAGGCACGAAUAAGCGUCUGACGCAUAUAAACCCGUUUGUGUGUUCAGGGCGCAGGGAAGCCAUCGCCGCACGAGCAUGUCGCGUGCCCGCGUGUCACCGACUCCGUUCGUUCGUCGGCGAAAUUAAAUUGCGAGUUGUCGUUAGCCCGUGCAGCACACGGUAUACGUAAAAUCGUCGGCUCGUUUGACGCUUGUCGGAUGCGUUGGCGCAAUCCCAGUGAAAAUCCACGGCGGAGGUCGUACGGGAAAAAGGAUCAACAGUUCGAAGAAGUGUACACGCGAGUGUGACUACCUAUCGCACGGUAGAUCGGAACUCUGGAAUCUUCGGGAGAUAUUUCCUUAUCGGCUCGUUUCUACCGGACGUAUACGUGCGACGCGAAUGUUAAAGUCGAAAGAAAGAAGACGAAUCGCUAGCCGGCAAGCGCUCGCGAACGAAACGAGAAAAAGUGCGGGAGAUUAUCGUUUAAACGACACGCCUAGCGCUCUGUCUCGUUAGUGAGGCUUUAGUCGCGGACCGUAGAGGAGGGGUCCGGAGAGAGUGGACGAAAUAAAUUAUUACACAGUCCGAGUUUUCAGUGACGGAACAGAGUGAGAGAGAAAGAGAUACGUAUGCGCGCACAGUAGAUUCGGUCGGUUAGGGCGACGGGGUCGAUCAGGGCUAAGGGAAACCGGAAUCGAGGGCGAAAAAGAAGAAACGGAGAGGGGAGAAGGCCCGAGAAAAAACACAAGGGAAGAAUGCCGGAACGAUUCAUCGUAACGCCGGCACCGUCCGAGCCCCCGUCGGUACGUCCGAUUGGUUUCGGUGUUGGGUACGGUGAUGGAGGGGGUGCUUCCGGUGACGGGGAACCCUUCGUGGGUGGUAACAAUUCCGAGAAGAGAUCGGGAUAUGAAACGAACCUCUACCUCUACAGUGAGGAAAUGGAGGAUCGGCCUCGUAUCUCGACACUUCUCAACAGCUUGGCAAACUACAGCAACACCAUACCGGCAGCUACAGAUCCGGACAGCAAACCGGCACAGCCACCGGGUGGUGGGGCUAGAAUGGGAACCCUGAUCGGAGUUUAUCUCCCCUGUAUCCAGAAUAUUUUUGGCGUUAUCCUCUUUAUCCGAUUGACAUGGGUCGUCGGAACCGCGGGAGCGAUUCAAGGAUUUCUCAUCGUGCUCUGCUGCUGCUGCGUCACCAUGUUAACGGCGAUCAGCAUGAGCGCUAUCGCUACCAAUGGCGUCGUUCCAGCCGGGGGAUCCUAUUUCAUGAUAUCGAGGAGCUUGGGACCCGAAUUCGGAGGUGCUGUGGGAAUGCUUUUCUACAUGGGAACGACAUUGGCAGCCGCUAUGUACAUCAUCGGUGCCGUUGAAAUCGUCCUGACGUACAUGGCUCCGACGUUGAGUAUAUUCGGCGACUUCACGAAAGACGCUGCUAUCAUGGCCAACAAUUUUCGAGUCUACGGGACGGGUCUUCUGAUGGGUAUGGGUACGAUAGUGUUCAUCGGUGUCAAGUUGGUCAACAAAUUCGCGACCGUAGCCCUUGCUUGUGUGAUCCUCUCGAUCCUCGCGGUGUACGUUGGUCUGUUUUACAAUAUCAGUGGCAGCGAAGCGCUCAAAAUGUGCGUUCUUGGUGAGCGUCUAUUGAAGGACGUCGAUAUGGUGAAUUGCACGAAGGCGACCAACGGCUCGUUACACGAACUAUACUGUCCCGACAACAACCCUUGCGAUCCGUACUACGAAAAUCACGAACCACGAAUAGUGAAUGGGAUCCACGGCUUGGCCAGCGGCGUCUUUAUGGACAACAUAUGGGGAAGUUUCCUAGAGGAAGGGCAAUUUCUUGCCUAUAAAAACAAACCAGAGGAUGUGGAUAAACUUUCGUAUCCGACUUAUAAUCAAAUCCAAGCAGACCUCACGACGACCUUCACCAUUCUGAUCGGUAUUUUCUUCCCCUCGGUCACAGGUAUAAUGGCGGGUUCUAAUAGAUCGGGAGAUCUGGCUGACGCUCAGAAGUCGAUCCCUAUCGGAACAAUUUGCGCUAUAAUAACGACAUCGGUGGUAUAUCUGUCCAGCGUCUUACUCUUCGCCGGGACGGUCGACAACCUCUUGCUGAGGGACAAAUUCGGCCAAAGUAUAGGUGGCAAAUUAGUCGUCGCAAACAUCGCUUGGCCAAACGAAUGGGUUAUCCUGAUCGGAUCUUUUCUCUCCACCUUCGGUGCCGGACUUCAAUCUCUAACGGGGGCUCCCAGACUCCUUCAAGCGAUCGCUCGCGAUGGAAUUAUUCCGUUCCUAGCACCGUUUGCAUCGAGUUCUAGCAGAGGUGAACCGACGCGUGCUCUGUUGUUAACCGUCGUGAUAUGCCAGUGUGGAAUUCUCCUCGGUAACGUCGAUUAUCUCGCCCCCCUUCUCUCUAUGUUUUUCCUGAUGUGCUACGGGUUCGUAAACCUCGCCUGCGUCCUCCAAACCCUACUUCGUACACCGAAUUGGAGGCCGCGAUUCAAAUACUACCACUGGAGUCUCUCGUUCCUGGGGCUCUCGCUGUGCGUUGCCAUAAUGUUUAUGACCAGUUGGUAUUACGCACUUUUGGCCAUGGGAAUGGCCGGGUGCAUGUACAAGUAUAUCGAGUACCGGGGUGCUGAAAAAGAAUGGGGAGACGGUAUCCGCGGUCUCGCCUUGUCAGCGGCAAGAUACUCGCUCCUUCGACUCGAAGAGGGCCCACCGCAUACGAAAAAUUGGCGUCCGCAGAUAUUGAUUUUGGCCAAACUUACGGAUGAUUUGGUACCGAAAUAUCGCAAACUAUUCGCCUUCGCUAGCCAACUCAAAGCUGGUAAAGGACUCGCCGUUUGCGCGAGCUGCAUCAGCGGGGACUACUCAAAGUCAUCGGGUGAAGCGAUGGCCGCCAAGCAGAGCCUGCAGAAGACCAUGGACGAGGAAAAAGUCAAGGGAUUUGUCGACGUGUUGGUAGCGAAAAGUGUCGUCGAUGGGCUCAGUUGUCUCGUGCAGACUACCGGACUCGGAGGAAUGAAACCCAACACUGUUAUUUUGGGAUGGCCGUACGGAUGGAGACAGACGGAGGAUGAUAAAACAUGGAAGGUAUUCUUGCAGACGCUCAGGAGCGUCACGGCGGCUCGUAUGGCGCUCCUUGUACCCAAGGGGAUUAAUUUCUUUCCCGAUUCGACGGAGAAAGUUGUCGGAAACAUCGAUGUAUGGUGGAUCGUCCACGACGGUGGGCUUCUUAUGCUCCUUCCGUUUUUGCUGAAGCAACAUCGUACGUGGAAAAACUGCAAGAUGAGGAUUUUCACCGUUGCCCAGAUGGAGGAUAAUUCGAUUCAAAUGAAAAAGGACCUCAAGAUGUUUUUGUAUCAUCUCCGAAUCGAAGCAGAGGUCGAGGUAGUCGAGAUGAUGGAUUCGGAUAUUUCCGCUUACACGUACGAGCGCACACUGAUGAUGGAACAGAGGCACCAAAUACUGCGAGAACUUCGUCUGAACAAGAAAGAAUCUUUGGGCGUCGGGCGGACAUUGUUGGACUUCGACGAGGCUCAAGCUAUAAUGGACCAGUGUCACAACGUGGAUGUGAAGACAGCGACCAAGGUCCGAUUUCAGGAGCCCUCCAACCAGGGGGUAAAUCAAGCCAAUGGAAUCGACGAGGCACAGGAGAAACUUGUUCAAGAAACGGAAUUAAACGGAAAAGAUUUCGAGGUAGGUGACUCUAGCGAAAAGGACGGCGACGGUAGAGAAACGACGGAGGAAACUUCUCGCCUCGUCGGCGGUUCCCCGAAAGAAGAUAACAGGGAGAAUAACGCCAAAGAAGCACGGGAGAGCGAGGACGAUGGUAAGACGGGAAGUCCGGUUACCAAGGAACCCGAUCAAUACGUUCCGGACGAGGGUAAUGUGCGGCGGAUGAACACUUCCGUGAAAUUGAACGAAGUUAUAGUGAACAAGAGUCACGACGCUCAGUUGGUGAUUCUUAACUUGCCAGGUCCGCCGAGGGACACGAAGAUGGAAAAAGAAUCAAACUACAUGGAGUUCCUCGAAGUAUUAACGGAAGGUCUUGAAAGAGUGUUGAUGGUAAGAGGCGGGGGCCGAGAAGUAAUCACCAUAUACUCGUGAACAGAAGUGAAGUGGACCAGAAAUAAUAAAAUAAUAACAUUUUCACCAAAUCCAAACCAAAAAAAAGUUUGCCCCCCACACCGUACUUACGAUAAAAUAACGGUACUCGUAACUUGUACCUAUUCUACUUCGCGCGAACAACCGUUACUCGUUCCUUAUUAUUGUUAUGAUUGAUGUCAUCCCCCUUAUUUUGUUAAUUCGUACUAUAAUUUUUCUAAUUAUUAUUAUCGUCGUCAUCAUUACCACUAUCAUUAUCAUUAUUCUUGUUGUUGUUGUUAUAAUUAUUGUUAUACAUCGUGUUAUCGUUGUUUUAGCAAUUCUCCUGCACGGCCAUUAUUAUCCGUUUUAUUAUCCUGUAGUAGACAAUGAUCAUUCUGCCAAGUUACAAUAUUACAAUAGACAAUCUAGCGAAAGGUAAUUGACUACUUUACGCAUUUUUUGUAGUGUCAAUUCGGUAUAAUUAUAAAACAACUAACGCGAAAUUUCGUUGUAGUUAUGCCUCAAUAAUACAUCUACUUUCACUUUCUACUCCUGCUGUUGCUGCUGCUGGGACACAGGCGGUAUGCAUACAUAGAUAUGUGAUGCAUCACAUUAUAUAUAUUAAUAUUUAUGAUGCGAAGAUGGUAAAUUGUAGUAAACAUAUAUAUAACUGCCAAACUCCGGAAAGAAUGAAGAAAAAAGAAACUGUAAAUCUAUUAUUAGACGGUAGAAGUUUUUAGAUCACUGGCUCGUUUCGAGUAAAAUUAUAAUCAUAUAUAAAUACGCUCGCGUUGAAACGAAAAUCAAAAUUUUUCCGUGUUCAGAACGAAAGUGUUUCAAAGAUACAUGAUCGUACAUUAGGGUGGUCCCACUUGGGUUAUUUUUGAAUUUCAACGCACUUCUGAGCUGGUUGUCUGCAAAAAAAUUCAAACCAAUUCACGAUCAAUCCCAGGCUCCUAGCUCGAUUCGAAGUGGUUUCCCACUGCUUCCUAUCGUCUCGAUUGAAUAACGUACGACUUCAUUUAACUACACGGUUAGUUUUCUUCUCAGGACCGUGUUCAUCCAAAAAAAAAAUAGAAACUUGGCUAUUCUCUUAGAAUUUUCGAAUUGUACAAGUCGAAUUAGUCAAGUAUUUUACCAAAACUUUACAUAUAUUUUUUUCAACACAUAAAUGCAUCAGAUCUCAUAGGCAUACGAGGUUUCAUUGUACAAUAAUUAAUAGUUAUCAUACAUAUGUUUCUUCCACGAUCACAUAUUGAUAGAGAAUCUACAAAAUGUUCAUAAAAUUUCUGCUAGUACGGAUUAGAAGUCCAUCAAAUUUGAGUUUUGUUUAAAAAACACAAUGAUACGGAGAAAAAAUGAUUCGUCUGAAGAUAUUCAGCCUAUGGAAGCGUUAAAAUUCUGAAAUGAUCGAAAUAAGGAUCAACCUAUCAGAUACAUCCCACAGUAUAGAAAAUUAUCUGGACAUUUUGAAGUACUUUAUAAGUACUGAACUGGAAAUUUAAAAUGAGAGGCUCACUUUUCUACAUGCGUCGUCGUUAAUACUGUAGAACAAAUAUGAACAAAAAAUAAAACUAAAAAGCCAAAAAAAAGAAUUACAAUACGCGUACAUAGUUAGAAUCCUACCGCUUGUAGAUGGUGCCUAGGAUAUCUAGUCUCUAUUAAUUAUUAAGGAGGAGUCAAGGUGUAUUGAGUAUACAUAAUAGCUACGCCAUAUUAUAGUGUACUGCGUACGUCCGAUAUCUGUUUAGCAAAAUGAUGAAACUUCAGGUACUUAAAAUAUUAUUACCUGUAGUUGAGAAGAUUUUUGAAUUACGCACGGCGAUGUAAUAGCAAACAUUUCAUUAUACCUACAUACGUUUUCACGUUUACUUUCUAUUCUGUAAUUUUUUUACUCAAUUCUUAUUUCUCCUUGGUUGAUUCUUUUAUUUUAUCCUCAGAGACGCAGUAACUUAUAACAAUAUUCGAUUAUAUACGAUUACUUCAUCCAUUCGCACUAUACAUACAUAUACACUGAUAUACUUUUGCACAUACCAGUGACAUAUACAUAUUACAACAACGUAAAGAAUAUUUACCGGCCAUAAUACCGUGACUAUAAUUGAUAUAAUCGAUCGUCAAAUUUCAUGUCCCUAUCUAUGAAUAUCAUCGUACACGUAAUUGCACGUACCGUAUGAUACACACUGGUAAUGAAAUACAAUUUCAACUAGGUAUAUUUAUUUAUUUUUUUAGAAUUGCAAAGGUUUUGAAUCAUUGCGCUAAUCUUCUAAAAAGAUUAACAAAGAUUCACCGCAAAUCUGUCAUUAUAGCAACGUUCUAGGGUAUGUCCAAACCAAACGUUUUUUUUUGUGCUCUCGCUAGUAGAAACUUAUUGUGUGACUUGAAACGGAUCUUCGAUGAAGCAAAAGUUCGUAGCUCAGCACUGAGGCACCGAUUUGACUCAAAAUUAGAAACCAUAUUAUGCUGUGUUCACCUGGCGCUAUUUGCGAGUGCAAACUCAUUUAUACUGUUACUUACUUUCGAAAUUGUUAUAUUAAAUUAAUCAUGUGUCGACGCAACCCUCACGGUCGGACUGUAUCGACUACCAAACAAAAAAAAUAGCAAUAUUUCCGAAUCAUCGUUUUCAGUUAAUAAAAUACUAUUGUCCGUGUAAACAUUCCACAUGCGUAAAAUAUGGCGAACUCAAUAAAAAUACAUUAUUACGUUUCAAAUCUCAAGUGCAAAAGAAGAUUCACCGCUGGCAUCUCUAAACAACACACUUUUAAAGUCACGCCUCAACAAAGAAGGGACUUGUUUCAGAUCACGUACUAAAGUUUUAUUCGGUAAGAGUUCAGGAAAAAAAUCUCUUCAUUCAGACAAACCCUGAACAUCGUCAAUUACAAGCAAGAAUCAUUCAUCGCGCAUACUGAAAGUCAUUUCGUGAUUAAAAAAAUAACAAUAAUAUUAAAAUUCCAUUACCUGUAUAGCAAUUUUAUAGGGUAAAUUUAAAUAGCAAAAAAAACAAAGAGCAUUAUAACAGGUGUUCACAUAGUUAAUUCCAUUCGGUGUCGUUUGCAUGUUGUAUUUUAAUUUGUAUUAUUUAUUAUUAAUAUUCCUAUGAUCCAACAAUUGUUAUGAAAUACACAAUAUAUAUUAUGGAAAAGAGGGAUAUAUACAGAUAUACAUAUAAAUGUAUUUUACGCAAACUUUUUAUGCACAGGGAUAAUAUGGGAAAACUGGCCGCUUCAUACGCCGCGCACGUCAAGUUGACGCUAGUCAGUCGUACAAAGUGGUCAAUUUCCACACAUUGUCCCUGUAUGUACGUAUAGAAAAAUAUACCCAUAUAUAUGAAAAGAAAAUAUUAUGAGAUUUAUUACGUAAUUAUUCGGUGUCUGUAAAACAAAAUCAGAAAACCAUUAUUGGAAGACGAUAAAUUUUACGAUUGUUUUAUUCGAGAGAGAAAUUUGACGAUGCAGCAAAUUGACUGAAUAUGAGAGUCAGGGGAUGGGAAGCAAAAAAGA